CACCUCGCGCUCCCACCCUUCCCCACUGACUUUCACCAUUUUAUUUGCCAACGAAAAAAAUAGAUCGCCAAGAGUGGAAGUGGACUUGUGCAAAAGAGAAUCGCUCUGCGUCGUGUUUCGCGUCCUUUACGGAAUUUUACCCGGCCCGGACUACCGGAAACCGAACUUCCACUCCAGUGCAGCAGCAUCGGCACCACGAACACAUCGCUACCGGGUGGUUUCUGUGUGUCGUUCCGACACCUCUUAUCACUCGCGUCGGUCGAACGUCGUCACUAGUGCUGCUGUGUUAUCUAGGUCGGCUCGUAGCGCAAAAGGAAGUGUUGCAUCCACACUGUACCAUGUUAACGAAAUCGCACUAGGAAAAGUUGUGUUUCAACCCCGAAACCGUGUACAGCCUCAACGCAAGCUAGCACAACCACCAACCACCGAGCAUUAACGCUUCAUUUGUCCUUCCACUGUGAUUGUGGACACUCCGUGGUGCAAGCCGUGCACGAGAGGCAUGCAAGACUAAUACAGCGAGCAGAAGGAGUGCACACUUUGUGUCCUUGUGUGUGUGAUAAAGACGGUUCCGAACCACCCUCCCCCCCUCCGGGUGCUUGUUGUUGUUGUUCACGCGUUACCCCCCAGCGCGCUGUGCUCUAUCACCGUCAUACCCCGUAGCACCAGGUACGUACAGUAAGCGGCCGGGAGCUUGCCUUAACUGAAUCCCGCAACCUGCAAUCGCCGAUUGGCCGAUUGCCAUCUGCUCCGUCAAAAUACGAUACAAACGAGGCAUCAUGUUUUGGGACUCGCUCAGUAUGCAGUCCGAUAUCGACGCACUGCUUAGCAAAGAGGGUGUAACCCUUGCCGAGGUGCUGGACUACGAAAACGUUCUACAAGAAUGUAAAAGCCAGAAUCCCAAGCUGAUACAAUACUUAAAUCGCACCGAAAACUUCGAUGCGCUGAUCGAUCUCAUCAUACAGGAGCCGGCCGCCGAUUUGGACGACAAUAUACGCUUCAUGCAUUCCAACAUGGCGUGCGAAAUACUGACCAGCGAUGUGCCGUCCUUCAAAACGCACCUCGUCGAGAACCAGAACUUCCUGAACAAGCUGUACAGCUUCCUGGUGAAGGAGCCGCCGCUCAACCCGCUGCUGACCUCGUUCUUCUGCAAAACGUUCGGCAUGCUGAUCGCGAAGCAGAACGAGCAGGACUACUUCUCCUACAAAUCUGUGUGCCUGCAAGUAUUAGAGUUUAUCAAGUCGAAGAAAGGUUUCCUGCCGUCGAUGCUGAAGCACUUUGGCAACCAGGUCGUCAGCGAUCUGCUGCUCUCCCACAUCACCGACAUCGAGGAUGCCGAGCUCAAGUCCGAACUGUUGGAGUGGCUGAACGAGCAGAAGCUGGUGGCCGAAAUCAUUGCCUUACUCAAGCAGCCGGGCCAGGACCAGAAGCAUUACAAUGCUUCCCAGUUCCUCAUCGAGCUCAUCAAGAUCAGCCGGUGUAAGCGCCAGAACGAGCAGCAGGACAAAGUUACCUCGGACCCGAUUCUAGACACACUGGAAAGUGAAGAAACAACGAAACAGCUGCUCGACAUCAUUCUCGAAGCAAAUGGCGAAGAAAGUGCAAUCAUUGCCGGAAUUCAAAUCAUCUUAAGACUGCUAGAAAACACGAUAAUCCAGGAACCGGUCUCGGAUACGGCACUGCAAAUUGUGAUCGAUGCGGAGAAGGAGCACCACGAUCUGGUCGUGGCGCAUCUGGCCAGCGUUAUCAAGCUGCGCGUUGCCGACCUUGUCGCGAUCCUCAAGAACCCGCCUGCGAAACCGGACAUAGUUACCACCUUCGGCACACUGUCACCACCGCUGGGCAACGUGAGACUUCAGAUUUGCUAUCUAUUUACAGUAUUAAUAGAGACGGAAAACAAAGAACUUAUUGCCGCGAUUUGUGAAACGGACUAUUUCGACACCUUGCUCAACCUCUUCGAGCAAUACAUUUGGAACAACUUCCUUCACGGGCGUGUUAAAGUUUGCAUCAACUAUGCCGUCGCGUCGUUCGACCAGGGCGACGGCAGCAGCGGCGAGGGUGAUAACAAACUCGCCAUCUCGAGCCUGCAGCGAUAUAUCAUAACGGAUUUUCAGCUGGCACCGAAACUGUUGAAACUAUUUGUAGAUGCCGUAACACCCAACGAAAGCUUGUGCGUUAAACAAUUAGGGUAUACGGGCCAUCUCAUCGAGAUGUGCGAUACGCUUAUGACCUCCGUAAACCUUUCGAAGGAAUUCCGCGGUAUGGUACACGCGACGCUUACGGAUGAGGAGCAGAUGUCGAAUUGGACUUGUUAUAUGGAAUCCGAUGAUAGUCAGUUGUUAAAUCGCCUAGGCAGGCAGAAGAAGUUUUUGGCUGGUCAGGAUCCGUAUCGUAUCUGCUCACUAGAGCGAGAACCGCUGGGCGAGAUGAUGCCGUUCGAUACUCCGCCAAGCAAGGUGGAAAUGGACCAGCUGCUGGAAUGCAUCAACAAUGCGUUCAACAAUUUUGACUUCGCGGACGAGCUAAACGCAUCGGAGGGCACCUCGGACCGGUGGGACGAUUUUGGCGACUCGGCCGCCCAGAUCCUGACCCUGCCGAACAGCCGGCCCCCAACCAACCUGGACAGCCUUGCCGGGGACGAUCCGUUCGGCAUGCAGAGCGCCAUGUUCGGCGAGCGGGCAAAGACGCACGACGACGACGAUGGCGACGAUGGCGAGGAUGGCGAUCCGUUUGCACCGUUACAGUCGGCGACCGGUGGUGGUGCGCAGGACAACGACGACGACCACCACGCCUCCAAACAUAUGCUGCUGGGCGACGACGGUUUGCUUGGCCAGAAGUCGGACUUUGAUUUCGGCGCGCUGGCAUCGUCCGGGCUGGUCGACAGCGAGAGCAACAGUGACGUGCCGCUGACCGGUGGCAUGAAUCACAACAUUUUGAAGUUUCUGCAGGCGGUCAACGAAACGGGCCCACCGUCGGCGGCCCUGCUCGAGGACAACUUUGCCGAUUUCGAGUCGGCGCUCGGUGCGGUGGGCAAUGCCGCAAUGACAACUACUGCCGCCGCCAGCAGCAAUCCAUCCUUCGGUGGCCUUUCCCUGUCCGCAGCGACGUCCGGCGACGGUACGAUGCUCGAUCCGGCCGGCGCUGCUGCAGCGUUCGAUGCGGCCAGUGCGCUGUUCGACUUUGAAAAUGCAGACAUCUUUAACGCGAACUCGAUACCGCCAACCGUGGACCUAGCCACGCCCAGUGGGGGAGAGGUCGGAAAAGUGCCCGAAAGCGUACAACAGGACCCAUUCCUGGAGGCGGCAGAAAAAUCAACCGAUGCAAAGGACGCACAGGAAGUGAGUGACAGCAACGUGAAUGGUAAAGUAGUCGAUAGCACACAAACAGUAGCCGAUGUGCCGACCGCUGUAUCUUCCGAUAAUGAAACCAUGGCAGCCGCGGACAGUGCCGUCGAACGAAAGGAAGCUGGUGGUAGCACAGAGGAGAAAGCAGUUAGUCCAGCCACUUGCACCGACGUCGAAAAGUCCGAAGCGGCAAAUGGAGAUGAAAGCACUAGCAGCAGCAGCAGCAGCAGCAGCAUGACCCCGAAGGAGGAGGCAAGCAACAGUGCUGCAAGCUCCUCGACCGCAGCAGCAGCAGCGCCUGCACCAGCAACAGUGCCAGAAUCCGCACCAGCAUCGGUAGAGGAGACUGCCGCCAGCACGGCAGCACCCGCCGUUGAGGCGACAGCAGCUACCAGCGACAGCAGCAGCAGCUCCGCGGCCGAUGCGAGCGAUACAAGCGGCUCAACGGAUAAUUGAGGGUGUCCGCCGCCGUGUCGUUGCCAACGGGAUCCCCCACCAUCGCCACACCGACGCCAAACGCACGCGCACCAGACCGAAACGGCCGCCCAGCCAAAGCAGCGUCAUCGACGCCGCCGUCAGAGACGGCGACAACCUGUACAGCAUGCUGCUGCUGCACCGAACCUAAACGGUACUACUACUACCGUGCACUGCUAAUCCACAUAAUCACAGCGACACACACACACACUGGAGAAGAUCCGAGCAUGACGACGAUAUGUGUGCGUGUGUGUGUGUGUGUGUGCGCGCACGUGUUUGUUUGCACAUCGACGAAUUGCAUCUUUCCCGGUAGAUGAGAGGAGAAAAAUGCGCGAUUUGGGAGGUUUGUUUAUAUGGUAUGGUAUAAGAGCUUAUAUGAUAAUCAUGUGUGUUUUAAAGUAUCACAUGCAUCCAGGAGAUAGUCAUUUGUGCGAGGGCGACCAUACACGAGUUAGACAAGCAAAGCCUAGAGCAUAUUGACGCGCAUUGCGUGUCUCACACAGCAAUUGCAAAGCGGUUUGCAAUUUUUGCAGCAAAAGCAUUUCGAGGAAAGGCGGGAGAAAGAAAGAGAUAAUCAGAUAAUGUUCUACACAAGAAUUUAGCAAUCUUACUACUUUCAGGGUUUUUUUUUUCGUUUGGUUGGAAGCUUCCGCCAUCUCAAACUUUAAAUAAUCAAGUGUUUUCUGUAUAGGUUCUUUUUUUUGUAGUUUUGGAAAUGUUUUACGUUCCGUGAUCAUCAGUCAUGCCUUAAGUAAAUGUGAUCCAUUAUAUGGUACCGUAAUAGUAAACCGAGAAGAAAAGAAACUAAACAAAAAACACACCCAAAACUCUAAACGUUACCUCACGUUAGUGCAACAUGCUCUUUUACCCUCGCUUCGGUAGAAAAGAAAUACCCUCCAGCAAACAAGCCCCAUGCGUGGACGGACCAACGGUUCCCACAUCGCCCCACACACUGGACCCGACCACAACGACUUGCCGUAGUUCUUGCCACGUGCUGCCGCAGUAACGCGCGCGCACCAUUUUUGCAAAUUCAAGCACAUACACACAUAGACACUUGCCUAAGAAGUAGCUCCUAUUUUGCCACCGUAAUGAAAAUGAUCAUAACCACCUUUGUGUGUGUUAGUGUGUGUGUGUUUCACUAUAGAAACUCGAGCAAUAAUCAGUUCAAAGAAGGAAACAAAAAGUGAGCUUAAAAACCGAUUGAUUUGUGUAAGACGUUUGAUUACAUCGAGACAUACCCUCCUCACAUACACACACACACACACACUCAUACUAGCUUACCUACUAGCUUGCAGCGUAAUGUAUGUUGCGAGGGAAGAGAGAGAGAGAGAGAGAAAACAACAACAACCUAAUACGACAAUUUAAGUGCUGCAGAGCACACACAGACAGCACAGACAGGGGGUGAAGCACAAAUAUCUCUUUUACACGUUUCACGCAGUGUUCGUACGAUAGCUAAAUUACAACAAGAAGGCAAUGGCGCAAAAACCACGUACACCCGCUGCUGCUGUACUUCCAAAGCGACUGCUGAUCUUAAUUCAAUCCCCCGUAAUGGCAAGCGAGGAGUAGAAAGUGCGAGCCAAGAGGGAAGAGCGCGGGGGGUUAUACGAUUGUAGUAACAGCUCCUCCGGCAAGGGAGCGUGGCAAAAGUCGAUUAGUAAUACUGUGACACGGUUAGCAUAAAAAAGUUAUCAAAUUGUGCUGUGAAACUAUAGUAAAAAUUUGCUUUUCAACUAAUUCAUAUGGGCUGGUGGUAGUAGUAGGAUGUGCGAGAAAAUGUUUGCAAGGAAUUACUCAUACAUACACACACACACAAAACCCCAAACAAAAAUAACAGUUUAUUGUUUUGAAUUGCGAUUGCAAUUUGAAAAAAAAACGUCUUUUGAUAAUGACGAAACGGUUACGAUCGGGACACACGUUUUAAAAUCAAGCAGGUGUAGUGUAGCAGUGUUUGUUAAUUCAAUGCGGUAAAUUAAAUUGAAAUCAUACGGAACAUAAACAAACUUCGCAUCAAUUCAUCGACCGACCUGUCCCCCUGCAUUGUUUCAGUUAGUUCGUCGAUAAAAUGCCUUGUUUGUCUGGUACGGUUUGCGUCGGUGGCGGUGUAGUGAGGGUGUACCGAUAACGAUGGCUCAACACGUGUGUUAGCAGCAGCGGUAACAAAAAGAAGAGAGAAAGAGAGAGAGAGAGAGAGAGAGAAAGCAAUCAAAAAAACAAUGUACGCAAACCAAAACUAAAACUAUUGAUGUCAUAUCAACACAAACAAAAAAGGGAAAACAAACAAACGAUAGUUACUCAAGGAUGUAACAUAUUAUUGUAAGUAAGGUAUAGAUAGAGACUGGGGAAAAGGUAGAGAAACCCUCUCACAUGUAGUAAUAGCUUGAACGCGCGUGUGUGUGUGUGUUUGUGUUUUUAGGUAUAGGAAACACACCAGUAACAUGUCUUGUCUUAUUAGCAAAGAAUGGGUCUAAAAAUGAAAUUGUUUUCAUCAACAGGGAUUGCUUUUUUUUCGUUGCCUCUGUUGUUGGUUUUCCUUUUGUCGCAAAUCAUAAUGAGCGUACAAUUAAAAAGGAUAAAAGGAAAAGCUGUAGAAAAAGCAACUUUCGCGUUCGGGAAAGUUCUUUAUUGUGCUUAAUUGAAUGGCACAUACCCACUCACGCACAGAUGCAGGUGAUUAUUUAAGAAAACACUUGCAAGUAAUUACAUACCACGCACUACUGUUCCCCCCUCAUACCGUCGUGUGGUGUGGUGUAGGUAGUCCGUCGCCCAUAUCAUUAUGCUCAUUAUGGUCGAUCGUUACCGUACCCUGCAUACAAUAGAAAGCGACAAUAAUAAGGUGCUGCUGCCUCUACGUCUGGCAGAUUGGCUGUCCUGUUUUCUGCUUUUGCACCAUUUUCCCGCCCAAUCUGCCCACCCCACGAUGGAGCUUUGUUAACCACUUUUGUUGUAGCAGUCUGUUAAGUUUGAUUAUGUUUUCUGUUCGUUGUAUGUAUCGGAUAAAUCAAAGGAAGCACACAAUUGCACUAAAACUAAAUGUAUAAAACCCCUGCUGCUGCUGCUGCUGCUGCUACUACUACUACUCUACUACUCUAGACGCUCACACACAGUAAGAUGCAAGCGGAACGCGCUUUAAUCGUACACGUCCAUAAUUCGGGUUGUGGCUUGGUUUAGCUGUAGCCACGUUUAGCCACGUAUUUCCAACGAAGGUAGACGCAUUAUAGCAAUACAAACAGGAGAAUGUGCGACUGUACGUUGGAUUGUCCAGUUUGUGCGGCGCAAAAGAUUGAGUUUAGAUUGAGUUUAGAGUAAAGCAGAGAAGAAAAACAUAGCAAUCGAACGUUUUGGAUCUGUCUUUCAUUUUCGCUAUAACUAAAGCAAGAAACGGUUAGAAACGGAAAGCACGGGAAGAAGAUAUCAACCGCGAAACGAACUAUAGAACAAAAUUCGUCCAGUCAUAUAGAGAUUUUACAAUAUUAUUAUUACUAGUACUUCAAUUGUUGCAAAUCGUAUCGUAGCCGCGAACGCCGAGAAGGCCACCACCAUUCUCGCAUAUCUCCCCAUAAUCUCGUUCCUCACGUUGAUCACGGGGAAAGAGAAGCAGCAGAAUGCAGUAGUGUGGCCCAUUUGAUGGUGGCGUAACGGCGUAGUGUGUUCAUGAUUUUUACCCUUCAUUUGUCAAACCAAGUGCCCCGAUUGCGAAGCAAAGGAAAGUCAAACCAAAAUGGUAGCUACUAUCAAUUAACGAGAACCGGAAAAACAUAAGCAAAAAAGAGAAAGAGAAGAAAAUAAUGUGAACUGCGAGCGUCACACAAAUGGCUGGUAUAAUAGUGUAAAUUGUAACAGGCUCCUUUAGCUCUAGUUGUAGCUCGCCCAAGAUCGGUCCCCCCCCAGGAAUAUAUAAAAGUAAUUAAUGGUGUUAAUAGAAAGAACUACUUGGCCUCCUCUGGUGUGUGAGUGUGUGUGUGUGUGUACGUGUCUGUGUGCGUCAAAGAAGCAAAAGCAAGUAAAUGAACAAGGAAAAAGUACAUAUAUACACUUAUAUACAGAUAUAUAUUAAAGUGAACUAUUGAUAUUUACAUUAUGAAAAAUGGAGAAGAAGCAGAAGAAGAAGAAGAAGAAGCAAACAGUACUGGGUCUUCCGAGGGAACAUCAUUUCGCACACACUCACACGCAAAAGUCUGUGUCUUUUAAGCUGGUAUAACAUAAACACAUAAAAAAACAAAAACAAAAGGAAACAAUUGUUGCAAAGACAUACCGUUUAACCGUAGAGAGUGCACGUGUACGGACGGACACCGCUUUCGAAAGGGGUUGAGAAUGCACGCAAUAAUACGCUAUUACUCCCUUUUCAAUUCUCUCCUUGGUGGUACCGUGUAUUAUUAACUGUCUUAGACUAUGUCUGUGUGUGUGUGUGUGUGGGUGGGUGGUGCGAGCGUGUGUGUGUGUGUGUGUGUAUAGAUAAGAUUAAGCAAAUUCCAAGUCGCGAAAAUAUCUCAUUCCUAAAUGGCGGCAUUUGGAGUUGGUAGUUGCUGCUGCAUGGACACAAUUUGCUGACGCAAAGGAGGACCAAACACGUGCUCGUUUCGAUUUUCCCUUUAUGCUACUAGCACCACCACAACCACCACUACUACCACUACUACUAUUAUUACUACUUUUGACUGCAGCAACAGCAGCACACCGGUUUUGCAGACAAAACACACACCAAAACAUUCUCACGAACCAAACGUACAAAACUUGGGGACAGAACCAUACAUUCACACUUGCCCACAUUCAUUCACGAACGACACAUUCAGGCAAGGCAUUGCACCGAAAUGCGGACACUAAUUGUAUAUGCUUUCAACUUAGUACUAGCAUGUACAAAGCGUAUCAUAUUGAUGAGGAUAUAAUCACACAUACACACACUCGCCAACCCACCCAUCCACACUCGCAGAAACACCUCAACCGAGGAAGAAACUUAACUGAAAAUUCAACGAGAAAAUGCCAAUGAAGAAACAAAACAAACAAAAACAUGCCACAAGUUUAGACGCUUUAGGUGGUUUUUUUACACGAUUGUUCCUAAUUGUAUGUGUGGCCUGACUCCAUCCACCCCCCCCCCCCCAAAACGCAACAGACUGCUCCCUGCAUAUGUGUAAUCCACGGAAUGCUAUUGCACUCGUUGGUGCGGUGGCGGCGACGACGACUGCGGCAAUGUUGGAGCGCAUUUGAAUCUUUCUCUACCCUGUGCCAGUAAACGUACUGAAAACGUGCAAUUUUGUCUUAUGCUGUUUAUCUCCCGCUACCACUGUUGUAUGCAUAUCUCGCCAACUUCACACACCGUUUGGCCACCAACCAUGGGUUUGUUGAAUGCAUUUGCUAGCCCACCCAACACCCAUCUUCCUCAGCCAACGCAGAACAAAUUGCUCAAAGUGUGUGCGUGUGUGUGCGCAAUUUUGUCUCGUUUUGUUUUUAGAACACGAGUUUCAGCCGCGUUUCACGGUGCUGUCCCUCCAAAAACAGGGUUGAAGAAAAGUGCUAAAGCCUAGUUGUGUGAGUGUAAAGAAUGCAUUAGAUAUACUAUUAUAAUGAAAGAAAGAAGAAAAAAAGCUGGAUAGAAAGUGUGUGUUUUGUGUGCGUGUGUGUGUAUAUGCUAAAAGAAGAUACACAAAAGGAUAGUGAAUGUGUAAAGUGAAGGAAAGAAAACCAAAACAGCACGGUGUUCCAAUCGGGAUAGCAGAAGGAUAAAUAUGAAAAGAGCUUGUUUGUUUUGUUUGGGAAAUGACUAGAAGGCAAGCGUUGAAACACGUUGAAAACUGUGCUAAAAUAAGCCUUAUACCAAAUUGCUUACCCAUUUAUUUCUCUAUUGUGUUUGUUCGACAAAGAACGCAAAAGAAAAGUCUUUUAAAGAAAAAAAAACCCCCCAAGAGACUUGUAAGAAAUACUAAAAAACAUUGGAAAACAGGAGCAAAAGAAGCAAAGCAGAAUGCAAACCUCGAAAAAGAGUUUCUUUUUGGUAGCGCACAACGUAACACAUAACAUAAUUCAUCAAUGCACGAAAGUGAUCGAGAACGUAUCGUAAUAAUAAAAAAUAGAGAAACAGAGAAGAUAAGAAAAAAACACGAAAAAACACAAGCAACAAAAAAAAACACACAAACACACACACACCUAAAGUUACUGGAAAAUAAUAGCAAACGAAGAGAAGCAAUAUUUGCAAUCUGAACAAUGAAGAUAAAAAAUAGUAAAAAGUAAUACUACUAGCCAGAAUGAUAAGCGAAACAUAUUAGCAAAGGAUAGGUGGAAGAACAGAAAGCGCGAAAGUGAAGGUGAGUAUAGAAAAGUAAAAUAUUACACCCAAGAAAGAAAAUGCAAAAAUAAAACAAACAAAAAAAGAAGAAACAAACAAAAAACCUAACUUACACACCAUUUUACACUCAAGAAGGAAACUCCCGAUGGAAACUGAAACCAACCAAGAGACAAUGAUUAAAACAAGCAAAGUAGAUAAAAAAAAACAAACAAACAAGUAAACGUAAACACAGACACACUCUCACACCCAUACCGAUAAAAGAAAAGACAAUGAAACAAUGUAUGAUAAAAAAAAGAAACGCAAAGUAAGAAGCAGAAGGAACGGGGACUCGAAAUCAUUUUCUGUUUUGAUAGAAGAAAGCGAACACUCCGAAGAGAGAAGCAAACAAGAGAAGGAGGGGGAAAAACAUGUGUUUAGAAAAUCAUAAUUGUGCUCAUUGGAUGAUGCGUUUUCCUCCCAAAUACCCAUGGGUGCCUGUUGCAGAGAGAGAGACAGAGUGAAAGAGAGUACGAGAGGGAGAGCGUAAUUUGUGUAAGGGGAGCGAAAGAAUGAAUUAGAACAAGCGAGAUGAAGAAGUGUGGUGGAUGUGUGGAAGAAAAAAAACCAGAAAAAAAGGAAUCUGUGGUGGUACCGGUGCCUCUUUGUUGUGUAGAACCGCUGGGGGAAUUAGAGUGGGAGUGUUUUCCUUCAUUUCUUUUUUUAUAUAAAUAUAAUAAACAGACUUUGGUAACACAAGAAGAUGUAUGUUAGUUGGCAGCGUGUGUGUGUGUGUGUGUGAGGAUGAAUGUGUGAGUCUCUCUGUAUGUGUAUGCUCCAUGUGUAUCCUUUCCAAGAAGGCAGUGAAACGUAAAGGAACUUAGGACGAAGAGUUGCCAAAGGGGCGCUAAGUGUUGUGAUCGGUCGAUCGCAAUUUGCAUCACCCUUCGAUCCAGUAUCUCCACUACGAGAAGACCUUAACAAACACCGUCCUGUCAUGAGGCGGCAACCACGACAAGAACACUCCCAUCUUGAAAGUGAAACGAGCGACACAAACCUAAGUGCUUUUCGUUAAACUAUUACACUAUGCAGCAGACAAGAAGGCUGAAGGUAGUGUUUGAGUGAAGAUAUGCGCGUGUUCAAGUCUGUGCGAUGUGUGUGUGUGUGUUUGAGGUUACAGGGGUAUGUUAGUUUUUUAGUACUAUUUUCUUACACUAUUUUUUGGCAUUACUUUGUACGUAAGCGAUGAGCGAGGAUCGACGAAGAACGGACGAAGAACUGGCAGGGAAGGGUGGGAAAGGGAAAACAAUGCAGGAAAAAUAAAUUACACGGUGAGGAAGAAAUUUGCUUUGGAAAUGUUUGUCUAAAAAAGCAAGAAGAAGAAGAAGAAGAAGAAAUAAAACGACAAAUAUAAACAGAACAGAAA